CGGAGGGUGGGGGCACUAUUGCUUACGGACUUGAUGGCUUGGGGCCACCCCUGCCCUGACGCGCCAGCCCCAGCAGGGCCGCAGCACCAAAGGGAAAUGAGAUUCUGCCAGCCCAGCACAGGCUGGGCCGCGCCAUCAGCUUCCUCCAGCCUCGGAGAGCAGCCUGACCCUCGCCAAGCGGCCUGAAUAAGUAGGGGGUGUGUGUGCUGCAGUGGCAGGCUCACCCCCAAGGUCCACCCCAAAGUUCAUCUUCCCACAGCUCUGGCUGCUGCGCAGAAACUCUGAGAAGCCCCAUGACCCCAAGCUCAGUCCUGACACCUCCAGCGCCCCUCCCCCACUCUGGGGCGCCAGGGAGAACAGGAGGUGCAGGAAGGACCCUGCCCAGGGGGCAUGGGUGUGGAGUGGGCUCCCAGUGGAGUGACCGCAACACCAGCGGGCGAGGAGGGCCCGGGCACUGCUCCCGUGGUCCAUGUUCGUGGGACUGACCUCCAGAGCCAAAGGAGGGCCCUCUGAGCCCCGGUGGUGUCUCUGAGGAAACCAGGGCCCCAAGGAGACAACACACUUCAGCUUCUUCCAGUGCCUUUUCCUGCUGGGGGCCCUGCAGGGCCCAAGACAGCUCACAGGCUGGCAGGGCCCUGGCCCCUUGGGGGCCUCAGGCCACCCUGAGGAGAAGGCCGCGUCACGGGGGACACGGGCCAUGUGGGGCUGCAGGGAGCUGCUUCUGCUGUGGCCGCUGGUGCUGGCGGCAGGCGGUGCAGAGAACAUCUUCAGGCCCGGGCGCAGAGUGUGUGCCGUUGGGGCCCCCCGGGGCCCUGUGUCCGAGUCCUUCGCGCAGCGGGUGUACCAGCCCUUCCUCACCACCUGUGACGGGCCCCGAGUCUGCAGCUCGUACCGGACCAUCUACAGGACCGCCUACCGCCGAAGCCCUGGGCCAGCGCCCUCCAGGCCUCGCUACGCCUGCUGCCCCGGCUGGAAGACGACCGGCGGGCUCCCUGCAGCCUGCGGAGCGGCGAUAUGCCAGCCACCGUGUCAAAACGGAGGGAGCUGUGUCCAGCCGGGCCGUUGCCGCUGCCCUGCAGGGUGGCGGGGCGACACCUGCCAGACAGAUGUGGAUGGACACGGUGCCGGAGAGGGCGGCUGUCCCCACUGCUGUGCCAAUACCCUGGGCAGUCGCUGGUGCCAGUGUCCUGAGGGGCACGGCCUGUCCGCCAGUGGGAAGCUAAGCCCGCCCAGGAGAGGGACCCCCAGGGUGGCCCCGAACCCUGACAAAGGUGUGGACAGUGUGGUGGAGGAGGAAGUGCAGAGGCUCCGGUCACGGGUGGACGUCUUGGAGCAGAAGCUGCAGCUGGUGCUGGCCCCCCUGCACAGCCUGGCCUCGAGGGCACUGGAGCAGGGGCUCCCCGACCCCAGCAGCCUCCUGGCCCACUCCCUGCGCCAGCUGGACCGCAUCGACUCUCUGAGCGAGCAGAUCUCCUUCCUGGAGGAGCAGCUGGGGUCUUGUUCCUGCAAGAAGGAGCUGUGAUGGGCUGUCUCAUGUCCGGCCCCUGCACCUCUGCCGGCUCCCUGGGCCUGGUGGGCCAUGGCAGAGGGGUGGUACGAGAGCCCCCUACCCAGGGCUGGGGGCCCCUGACUGGGCUGCGAGUUGGCGGGGGGGCGGUGGGGUGGGGGGGAGC